UAAAUGAAAAUUUUUAAAUUGCGAAGAUAAAAUAACUCUUACUAAGUGCUACAAAAUUGAAUAUACAAUAGUAAAAAAGAUUUAAAAAAAACACUAAACAUAGAAGAAAAUCAAAAUAAAUCGAUGUCUAUUGAAGAUACCUAAGUGUUAAUAAUUAUGCAUAACAUAUGAACUAAAGCAAUCGAAAAUAAAAAAAAAUAUUUUAUUUGAUAUUAAAAAUUUUAAAUUAUCAGAAUGAAAAAAUAUUUGAACUAAUCUUUCAAUACUGAUUAACGUUUUAAGAAUGCAAGUAUUAUUUAGACAAAUCAGUUUAAUAUUUUUUCAAGAGUUUUGGAAGAUGUAAAUCAGAUGAACAAUAAUGGCAGACACUCAGGGUAGGGGUGUCAAUGUUGGUAUUGGCACAUCUUCUGCCCAAGCACAAAAGGUUUUACAACAGGUACAAGCAGCUGUUCAACAUUCACAACAACAAAUCGCACCUCCAAAAAGGCAACAUACAAUAUAUCAAAGUGUGUCACAAAUAGAUCAAGAAGCCAAAGACGAGGUGACAAGUAGCAUGUCAGAGAACCAGGAAAAGAAAACUCAAAAUAUGUCGACAUCGUCUCCGGGAAGUACAAAUGUUUUAAAUGGGCCACGCACGGUAGUGUUGCAUCGUAUUAACAACGAUUUUGGAUUUACAUUGCGGCAUUUUAUUGUGUAUCCGCCAGAAUCAUGCACGGAGCCAAGUAUUGUAGGAAAACUUGCUGCUUCUGGUUCUCUAAAUUUCGCCCAACCAAUGGAUACUGUAUUUGUGAAGAAAGUACAUCCUAAUUCAUCGGCGUACAAAGCUGGCCUACGUGAAGGUGAUCGAUUACUGGCCGUUAACGGAAUGCAUGUGGCAGGUACUACAUAUGCUCAAGUCGUAUCUGUUAUUCAGCAAACUCCUAAAACAUUAACAUUGCAAGUUGUUCCCAAAAACUACGAUAUUUUACAACGGUUUUUCGGUGACACUGCACAUAAUCCUGAAACAAAUACCCGACAUUCUAUUAGUGGGAAAAAUAGUAGCAUCAAACCAAUUGAAACAUUGUCUGAUAAACAAGAAUCAUUGUACAGUACCCUUCAGUCAAUUGCAUCUCCAAAUAAUUCUAACAAUAUUUAUUCGGAACCACAAUCGUAUCCUACACCAAAAAUUAAAUUGUUAACUGAAUCGAUGACACAAACAGAUCAACGAAUGUCCCCUAAUAUCCAAAUUAGAGUCAAAGGUGUGGAAACUGAUAAACAAAACAGGGAGUCUGGCUCAUCAAUAUCAACAUCUUUUCAUUCAUACGACUCUCAAACAGCUUUAAGCAAUACAGGUGACACAGGAGAUAAUGCAAUAAUUUCAAGAAUACGAAAGAGCUGUGAACAAAAGGAGGAAUUUCUACGAAGGCCCAGUCAGCCUUAUGCGGUACAUGCUGCAGGUUCAUCGCCAUUACCACUGCAUUCAAAUAUUUCUUCAUCACGGCAACCAAUCAUAUUUGAAAAUGUUGUUGCAAGUGCUCAACACCCACAGCAUCGUGAAUUUUAUUCUCGUCCUAAUCGUCUUCAGAAGGCUAUGUGGCCUCCAACGCAAGAAACUACAGUUUCACCUAAAAUUGAUGACGAGUUCAAAAAUCACAUGUCAAUUCGUGAACAGUUUUUUACUGGUAUACAACAACAGGAUAAUGACCAACAUAUACGAUCGUCUCCAUUACCAUUUUGUCCCGAAGAUCGUAAAAACAUGGAAGCAACUGAAAACGAAAAGUCGCUGUCAAAUCGAAAAGAUUAUCCGCAAUUACGUUUGGUUUCUGAGCUUACAAAACAGUUUUCAUCUGGACGACCGUUAUCACCAGAUGGUGUGGACCGAACAUCUUUGUAUCGCAGUGAAUUAAGUAGACUUCAAACAAAGCAAGUACACCCUAAUGUUGCAUUAAGGAAACGCGAAUUUGAGCUUAAAGCUGAAUCUGAUCAUUGGAGGCGGUCUAUAGAUAAGACUCGAUCAAGUAGCGUUGACUCUGAGUCAAACUUGAAUGCAUCCAUACGUGCCAGAUCGCUUUCGGCUGAGUCGGGACGCACAAGCAAAAACGAUGAUUUACCAAUACCGCCGCCACGGGAAAAGCAUCGAGAUAGACAUAUAAAUAAGGAAAAUUAUGAUUCGAAGAUCACCUCCGAUGUCACAAAUUGGCUAGAAACUCAGCAAUCAAGUGGCACAAAUUCAAACAUCAGUAAGGUAGAUUUGUCAACUGUGCUGUAUUUUCCAGCGACUCGUUUUCCUUUUGAUGAGCCACAAUUACGCAAAAUGCAACAUCAACAAAUUACUAGCAAAGAAUUAAAACAGGUGUAUCGCAACCAUACGAUUGUUGAAUUACACGAUAUUGAAAUGAAAGAUCAAAGUAACAUUUCACCACCAAUUGAUAAAUCACAAAGACCUACGACUUUAAAUAUAACAGAUGGUACCAUGGUGAAACUUCGUCAAAAAGCUAUAACAAACCUCAAUGCAAACAAUGACUCAGAAGAUAACAAAACAAUGAGACGUAUAUCAUAUUUACGUGCUACACAAGGAACUUCAAACGAUGGUAAUAACUUCAAUAUAAUGGACAAUGAAUUUGCUUCAGUGAAUUUAUCACCAGCGGAUGGAUAUGAAGUGGAAACACCCAAUGAUAUAGUAAACGUACAUAAAACAAUCCAUCGUUCAUGGCGUCGUCCCAGAUUUCCAACAGACAUCCAACCUAUUCGUAAAUUAUUUGAAGAUUCUCCACCGAAUAUUUUACUUCCACCAGUUAUUGAGACUGCACAUGCCACAACAAAGCACUUUUUCCCUCAAAGUCAUUCUACGAAAGAUAAGGCCUUGACAUACUUUCGUGACACUCCAGCUGAUCCAGCUUUACCUGCAACUCUUGAAGGUGUACUUAGAAUAAAAAUUACAGUAUUGGAUGGAAAGCGAUCAAGCGAUCGAUCUUGGCGUACUGUCCAUUCUGAACUUAAAGGAAACCGUUUAAAAUUCACAUUGUUGCGAGAAGGAAAAGUUAGCCAGAGUCCAGAACCGUCAGGGAUUAUUGAUCUCACCAACUUUCAUCUCACCGAUGGAAACUAUACAAAAAGAAAACAUGUCUUUAAAUUGACAACAAGUUCGUAUCCACAUGGAUCAUCUUCUGUAGUUAACUUAAAAACUUCUGAACGCGAAUUGUUACUUCAAGCGGAAAGCGAUCAUGAUAUGAAACUAUGGAUUAAUGUGCUAAGAGGUGUAUGCCGUUCUAAUAGUGCUACAAAUAUGAGUAACGAAUUUUCACGUGGUGGUGGUCAAUUGGCUGAACCUCAAACGAUGCCUGCCAUACAAUCAGUUCAAUUGAGCGGUGAUGAAAUUUCACCAAUACUAUCUAAUAAAACACAACGAAAAUACACAUUUGAAUCUAGAUCACCAUCUGGUCAAUCUCCAGUAACAAAAAGCAGAAAAACUCCAUUAACUCCGAAUGUAGCAUCGGGAACUCAACGUGAUGGUUCAGAUAAGGAAACAGGCUCACCUAAAACAAAGACAUGGAAAGGAAUAGUGGCACGGCAAUUUAGGAGAAUUGGAGGAGCUCAUAGUCAAGAAUCGAUACCCACAGAAGGUUUGUCCUUUGGAGUUCCCUUACAUAUGUGUUUACCAAGUCUUGGAAAUCCAUACGUACCAAUGAUUCUUGCUCGAUGCAUUGAUAUUGUUGAGGCACGUGGUCUAAGUAUAGUUGGAAUUUAUAGAAUUCCUGGUAACACCGCGGCCAUUGCUCAAUUAACUGAACAAGUAAAUCGGGGUAUGGAUGAUCAAACUUUAAAUGAUCCACGAUGGGAAGAUGUUAACGUAGUAUCGAGUUUACUAAAGUCUUUUAUUCGUAACUUACCGGAACCAAUUUUACCACUUGAUACCUAUAAUCGAUUCAUUGAAGCUGACAAGUUACCGGGCGCUGAGCGGUUAAAAGAAUUGAAAGCAUUAUUAAAAAAAUUACCACCACAUAAUUACGAAACAUUAAAACAUUUAAUCCGACAUUUACAUAGAGUGAGUCAAAACUGUUUAGUAAAUCUGAUGGAACCGCGUAAUUUAGCAAUUGUAUUUGGUCCAUCGGUAAUUCGGAGUGCAAACGAGACUUUAGCUACUGCUGUGAAAGAUAUGAGACAUCAAUGUCAAAUUGUAGAAGCACUUGUUUCGCACUUUCCUUUCUUUUUUGAAAAUGACUCCCUUCCGGAUAUAAACGAAACGAUUCAAUCACCUUUGCCGGGAAGUACUCUGGAAACGCAUUCAAAGAAUUUAUUGCUUAAUAAUGUUCAAAAAAUUGAGUCUCAACCAAUGUAUAAGGAGUCGAAAGAACAUAGUUCUCGUUUUGUGGCAAACAUUGUACAAGCAGCAAAUCGAAAAAUUCGCAGAACAGCUCAAAGAAAAAGUAAUAUUUCCUCCACAAUUUCAUCUGCUGAUACUGUUUCAUUAGAUAGUACAACGUCUGCUGAUUCAAAAGGGCAACACAAACUUAACUACAUGAGUGAUUGUAGUAGUGGCAAUAAUAAGAUUCCUCAUAUGAAUACCUCAAGGCUAUCUGAAACAGUAAAUCCUUCAUCAGAAGAUGAUUCAAAUGAUAGUGCUUUUAAUGAUAAUGGAUCAAUGUCAUUAAAAACGAUUACAGCUACAUUAGAUAAUAAAUUACGGACGUUGCGGAACAGUAAUAUAGACACAAAUUGUAGUGCCACAUCUAAAAGUGAGCCCUUGAGCGACAAGAAAGGAUAUCCUGGCCAUCUUCGACCCCUUACUUUAGGUGAAAAUAUUCCUUUUGCAGACGAAUCACCAGAACGUCCGUUAAUACAACCACGCGCAAAACCUCUUCGUGUAUUUAACAACAGCAGUACGUUGGUCCUUGAUAUACCUAAAUCAAUUGACGAUUCACAGCCUGAAAUUAGCUCGUCAUCGGAUACGGAUACGUCUACUACUAGCAAUCCACGAGAAAAAAACAUUGGUAAAGAUGAUAUACGUAACGAGAUGCGUGAAAUGUCCCGAAUACUUUUUAAUCUCGAACGAAAAGCUAGUAAUUUAGAACGCAAAAUUCACCUAAAUCGAUCGCUUUCACUGAAUUAUAAAAAUCAUAAAAAUAAUGAAUGCUGUUGUCGUACACUGGUUAACAACACGCUUGGUACUAGAUCUCAUUUAUCUUUGACAAAAGACGAAAAAACUGAUAAAAAUAUUAAUAAACGUCGUCAACUUCAAGACAGUAACCUAAGUCCCAGCAAUAGCGCUGGCCAAAUAAUUAGCGGAAACAGUAUAAGCUUGUCAAUGGGAAAAUCUCGGAGACAUGGUGGAAAAGAUCGUUCAAUUCGAAGGAGGCAUACAGUGGGUGGGUCGAAUGACUAUUACCUAACUAAUAAAUACAGUCCAACUAAUGACUGUGAAAGAUACAUUGUAACAGAUACCUCAUCAAAUACUUUAAAAAUUGAUGAUUGAAAAAUUCAAAACCUAAAAAAAAACUAAUAAUUGAAAAUGAUGUAAUUUUUCAUUGUAAAGUCUUACACUUUUACAAAGUGAAUCUUACUUUUUUACAUACGUAUUAAUAUUUAUAAAUUAUACCAUAUUUUUGAAUAUAUCAUACAUAUAUUUUUGCUAUUAUUUUUUGAAUGUGAUACUAUUUUUAAAGAAAACGAAGUAAAUAAUAUAAUCGAUUGUAAU